AUGGCGGCCCGUGUCACCAAGGAUGUCCUUGGAGGCAUGACAAACAACCUCACGGGGGAGAUUCAGAAUCCCCUCGAGGGUUUGAGUCGCCAACAGCUGAAAGAAGACGUUAACGCAUAUGCAGCCCAGCAUGAACUUACCGAUCUCACAGAACUCCUUCAGAAGGGCGCUCUUGUUGGCCAAAACCCGACUGGAAUCGACACCAUCACGGAACUGACUGAGGGAGACUGCCAGAUUCUUCAUGAAGAAGUGACUCGCCGUUGGAAGCAUCCCUGGGCGCUGUAUUACACCAUCGUCCUCAACUCCAUCGCCGCAGCCAUUCAAGGCUGGGAUCAGACUGGCUCGAACGGUGCCAAUUUGACCUUCGACCGCGUCUUCGGUAUCCCCAACAACAGCCCCUACUGCGCGACCAAGUCCGAGUGUGAUCGUAACCAGUGGAUUGUCGGCUUCAUAAAUGCCGUUCCUUACAUCACCAUUGCCCUUUUUGCCGGUUGGUUGUCGGACCCCCUUAACCACUUUUUCGGCCGGAAAGGGUGCAUCUUCAUCGCAGCUGUCUUUAGUCUUCUUGCUCCUAUUGGGUCGGCCCUCACCCAGCACUGGGGCCAGCUCGUUGCCUGCCGAGUGCUCCUGGGGAUUGGGAUGGGUCUCAAGGAAGUCACCGUCCCUGUCUACUCCGCCGAAAAUGCCCCCACCAACGUUCGAGGUGGCCUCGUCAUGUCCUGGCAGCUUUGGACAGCAUUCGGGAUUUUCCUGGGUACGUGCGCAAACCUGGCUGUUGCAAAUACCGGUGAUAUCUCCUGGCGUCUACAACUUGGAUCGGCAUUCAUUCCCGCGGUGCCCUUGCUGAUUGGAAUCCCCUGGUGCCCGGAGUCUCCACGCUGGUUGAUUACCAAAGGAAAGCACCGCAAGGCAUAUGCCUCUCUUCUUCGUCUCCGCAACAGUCCGCUUCAAGCCGCCCGAGAUCUUUACAUGAUCCAUGCCCAGCUUGGUAUGGAGAAGGAAAUGCUUGAGCAGUCCGGCUUCGCCAAGACAAAUAAUAUGUUCACCCGUUUCAUAGAACUGUUCACGGUUCCUCGACUUCGUCGUGCGACACAGGCAUCAGGAAUUGUUAUGAUUGCUCAACAGAUGUGCGGCAUCAACAUCAUUGCGUUCUACUCUUCAACGAUCUUCAGUCUCGCCGGUGCCAAUAAUAUCCAUGCGCUUCUUGCUUCAUGGGGAUUUGGCUUGAUCAACUUCAUCUUUGCAUGGCCCGCGGUGUGGACAAUUGAUACUUUUGGUCGCCGCGGCUUGCUUCUGUUCACUUUCCCCAAUAUGUGCUGGACUCUGCUGGCUGCUGGAUUCUGUUUCUGGAUUCCCAAGAGCAGCAAUGCUCACCUAGGAAUGAUCGCAUUCUUCAUCUACAUCUUCGAUGCCUUCUAUUCUCCCGGAGAAGGACCCGUCCCCUUUACCUACUCGGCCGAGGUUUUUCCUCUCUCUCAUCGCGAGGUCGGUAUGGCCUGGGCCGUCGCUACCAACAAUUUCUGGGCUGCGGCACUGUCUCUCACUUUUCCUUACAUGCUGCGUGCCCUGACUCCACAAGGCGCUUUUGGGUUCUACGCAGGUUUGAACAUUAUCGCAUUGAUUCUGAUAUUUUUCUUCCUACCUGAGACUAAGCAGCGCUCACUGGAGGAGCUGGAUUAUGUCUUCGGCGUACCUACUCGGACCCAUGCCAAGUACCAACUGACCCAAGUGCUCCCUUGGUGGGUCAAGCGUUACAUCUUGGGGCGCAAGAGCCUGAAUUCUCCUUCGCUUUACCGUUAUGAUGGAGUGGCUGGCACAGGGUUGACUGAGAUCCAAGGAAUUCUGGAGGUCACUGCCGACAAAGAGGCCUCAAAGGCUGUCUGA